AACAGAAGGAGCAAAGAGGUAGAAGAGGCGACUUACAACUAGCGCAGCUCAACCCAAAUCAAUACUUUCAAAGAUGCUCUCCACGCGUAUCCAGUGCGCACUAGCGCUCCUGUCCCUUGCGCUCGCAGUCAGCAGUGUCUCAGCAGCACCGACAGACGCCAAACUCCGCCAAUUUCUGCAGAGAUCUCUCCUCAACCCUGCUGGAAAACAGGAACUCGCCAGAUACACACUUGCAGACUUGCUCUCGGACCUCGUGCAAGCAGAAAACGAGGCGCUGGAGCCCGAGGAUCUGUCCCGCGCUGUGGAGAAAGAUGACGUCCGUCUGGAGCUCGAGCGCGCCGCCGGUCCCAUGCUGGCACCUCGCGAGCGCAAAGCGGGAUGCAAGAAUUUCUUCUGGAAAACUUUCACGUCGUGUUAAUUUCUCACCGCGAACCGUUUUCUUUUGACUUAUUCUUUUUUACUCCUUCACAAUUAUUUUUCCCGUCUUUCACGUAUUCUUCAUCAUAUCUAAACUGUAUAUAAGAAAAUAAAAGCGAUUAUAUUUGUCGUUUAACAACGAUGAGAGCUCUAAUUGACUAUGUUUUUCAAGGCUAUUGAUGUGUCAUCGGAAAGAAUGUUGCGAAUCUGCUUUUAAUUGUACUUUAGCAGAUAUCACUAUUUUUAAUUGUUUGUUUGAAUAAAAUCUAUGUUUCAGAGCAAAUGCAUAAUGCAACUUUGU